GGUCAUUGACACAAAUGAAAUAUUUCACUGUACAUGUGACAAGUGAAGCUGAUCAUCUUCGUACCCAGCUUGCAAAAUGUUCAUCAGCGUUGCAGAUUAUUUAGUCAGGGUACCGGGUCAUUGCUUCAAUUUCUAACUGGUUCUAACUCACAUUUUUUCUCUUAUUCUUUUUCCCUUCUUCUCUUAGUUUUGGUCUUCUGAUCCCAACACCGGAUUGAAAAUUUGAAUUUUGAACAUCAGUGAACUGCAGACAUGGGUGUCAAGACUGCUUUACCCAAGGUUGAACUGUACCUUUAUAGUUUGGUGCUGACCCUGGCGGUGCUGUGGUCGGCCAGCUGGGUCUAUGAAGCAUCGACAGAGAACAUGAGCAAGCAGACCUUUAAGCAAAGUGUGAAGCGUGGCUGGACAUACAUUGGUCGAAAGAUGGACGUGGCUGACUUCGAGUGGGUUAUGUGGUUCACCAAGUUCCGAAACUACAUUCUUUUUGCCUUAUCGGGCCACGUACUCUUUGGGAAAGCAGUUUCCAUGGCCUUACCUCAGCACAGGUCCAUAUACUUUAUGGUUUACGGUAUUCUUGCAGUCCUGGCUACAAUGGGCUUCUCCUAUCUCAUGUUAAUCCUGUCCCACUGCAUCCUUCUCUAUGGCAUUGGCCUGGCCAAACAGAAGUGGUUGUGUUUUGCUGCCGGGCUGUGCAGUUUGGCAACGUUUAAAAUAGAGCCCGUGGCUUCCUGGCAGACAGGGUUUGUAACGGGCACCUUCCAGCUCCAGGAUGUCCUAUUCUAUGGAGGAAGUGGCUUCACCAUCAUGCGAUGCAUGAGCUUUGCACUGGAGAAUGUCGAGAGGAAAGAUGGGAACUACUCAAUCCUGGACCUUCUCAUCUACAACUUCUACCUCCCCUUCUUCUUCUUUGGGCCAGUGAUGACGUUCGAUCAGUUCCACGCACAGAUAAAUCAGUCCAGGUUCAUGCGGAAGCAGAACGAGAUACGGAACAUUGGGAAAUACGCCCUGACGCACCUUGCUGUCAUCGUCCUGGUGGACAUCAUCUUCCAUUACCUCUACAUUCUAACCAUACCUUCCGACCUCAAGCUGACAACAACGCUUUCUGAUUGGGCAUUAGCCUGCCUGGCUUACUUCAACCUGGUGUACGACUGGAUAAAAGCAGCGGUGAUGUUCGGAGUGGUGGGGACAGUGGCGAGACUAGACUACCUCGAUCCGCCCAAGCCACCAAAAUGUAUCACCAUGCUGUACGUUUUCGCUGAGACGCACUUUGACAGAGGAAUAAAUGACUGGUUGUGCAAGUAUGUCUACGAUUACUUGGGGGAAGAGCACAACAACAUUUUUAAGGAGUUGCUGGCGACGGUCUGCACCUUCCUGGUCACUACCCUGUGGCUGGGGCCGGACCCUGUGGUCUACAUCUGGUCUGUGUGCAAUUGCUUCGGCCUCAACUUUGAGCUCUGGGUCCAGAAAUUCUUUGAGCUUGAACCUUUUGCAUCGAUUGAGGCAAAGCAGAUGUCCAAGGCAAUGUCGCGAAGAAUUAGGGGUGUCUUCGGUGCUGCAAAUUUCUGGGCCAUUAUUUUGUACAACGUCCUCUCGCUGAACAGCGUUGACUUUGCAAUAUUGGUUGCUAGAAGGCUGUUCCUUAUUGGGUUUCCACUGAGUCCGAUAACCAUCCUCUUCGUGACCUAUUGUGGAGUCCAGCUGGUGAAGGAGAAUGAACGCAGGCUGGCACUGGAAGCAGAGAAAGAGAAGGCCGACUAGACGACUGGCCAAGAGAGAGAAGGG